AUACGGGGCACGGGAGUCCGCACACACCACCACCUCCUCCUGCUUCUCCACCGCGCGCGCGCGCGCUCGCUCACACACGCGGACCGUUCGUCGCCCCUUAGGCAGCGGCUGCUGCUGCUGCUCAGACGAGCGGUCCCGUUUCUGCGGUGGUUUGGUGCCGUGGGUUUUUUUUUAGUUAUUGUUGUUUGGUUAUCCGCCUUAAGAAAAAAAAAAUUCCCCCCCCCCCCACCCCUACUUUUUGUGCGCCGGCUAUAGCGCGGUGGUUUACGGUGCAGAGCGAUCGGAGGACUGCAAGCGAGGCCGAGUUUGUAAAUUGUGCCUGGGACACGGACUCCCGUGGGGGGAGGUCCUGGGAUACUACCCAUCCUGGAGACGCGUUCGCUAUCCCGGCAGCCGCCACCUCCUCCCAGGAUGACGCUCGACAGCCUGGAGAAGGUGAGCGUGUGCGAGGGGCAUGUGUCGGGAGACGGGGGCAACCCUGGCGGGGAGGCGAAGCCCCCCAGCUCGGCGGGGACGUCGACCAUCGGCGGCCACCACCACCACCACCAUGCCACCCACAAAGGCACGCUGACCGUGCCGCCACCCUACUCGGCCGAUGAGCGAGCGGCGCCGCUGGAGGCGAGGGAGCCGCUGGAUUGCUGGGCUUGCGCCAUCCUGCUCACGGCACACAACACGUGCGUGGCGGCGCUUAACCUGCUUCUGCUGGCGCUCGUCUUCGGCCUGCUGCUGCUGCCCGCCAUCGUCAUGGUGUGGUUCGGAUUCUCGUGCCAUUCCAGGAUGGUUCGCAUCCGCCUACCGCUGUGCCAGGGCGUGCUCAACGACAACAGCUCCACUGCGCUCAUCAUCGUCGGCUUCGUUCUCAUGUCGCCCCUGCUGGUGCUCGCGCUAGCCGCCUACUGCCGCAUGGCCCGGCGCCUCCAGCUGGGCUUCUGCUUCCUGCCCUACAGCCGCGCCGUCUACAAACCGCCGCUGCCCGCUGGUCUCGCUGCCCCGCGCUGCCCGCGGCUGCUGGCGCCCUGCUGCUGCUGCUACUACACGCGCGGCUCGCUGUCGGGUGGCAGCACCACCCCGCAUGGCACGCGCUCCGUCUGGGUUUGAAGUCACCAAGCGGUCUCCGUGGCAUUCCUCGGCUUAUUCACCCCCCCCCUCCCCCUGCCUUGCUCAACCCCUGCUGCCACUCUCUCUCUCUUCCUUUCUCUCAUCUUCAUGCCACCCCACCCUCUCGUACCUCUUUUCCACAGUAUGACCGCGCCACGCCGAGGCCGUGCCGUGCCAGCCCGGUGUGGCUCAGGAGGCAUCUGGUUGCGUUUUUUUCCACUGCGGAGGCCGAGCCGUGCCGCUGAUUUCACGCGCAACGAAUGCAUUGUUAACACCAGCACUGAGCGUGCUUGGCCCAGAGCCAGAUGUCUCGUGAGGCCUGGAUAUCACAGUUAUGGUUUUGGCUUGGCACAGCAAAUAGCCAGUGGAUUAAAACCUACACCGGGAGGCCCUCCCGCUGGCUCGGCUCAGAUGUGCCAGUGGAAAAUGGGUAUGAGCAGCUGCAUACGCUCGUGUGGAGUGAUUGGCGGGUGGAAAUGGCAUUAAUUUUUGUUGUUGUUGAGAUGGUUGGAUGACUGUGUUGAGGUCAUCGUUACUGUGGUUGCUUUUUUGGGUUGGCCACGGGCCCGUGUAAAAUGAAUGAAACGGGCCCAACCCGCCUGUUCAGUUUUCCAAUCUUCUUUUGGUAGCUCGACACCUGGGCCCCUCCAGCCUGUGAGUUACGGUGCAGUUGCGCUGCCUGUACCCUCGAAAGCUACGCGACUGCUUUAGGAAGUGUGCUUUCCUUGGGGUUUUUCAUUUUGUUAUAAUGUCCCCCCUCCCUUUGUGGUUAAUUUCUAGAGAAGCACUGGUCAAGAGGCUGUUGAAUUUGUGGGUCGCUGCUUGAGAUUCUAUCACCGGCUAUGGUGGAGUGGAGUUUGAUGGUUUCAGCACCCUCACCGAUAACGGCGCACAAUUAUACCACGAACGAAUUGUGUUGAAUUACAUUUGGCUGAGUUAAUCUCCCCGAAUGCUUACCGCGCUUAUCUAUCUGUACACUUGCAGACAGCACAGUUUGGAGAUCUUGGUAGGAUAAGUCCUUGAGGGAUGCCAGGGAACGGUCUGCAAUGUAUAUUUUGGUUCAUUCUACAAAGUAACGUAUGGCUUUGCUGUCUUUGGCCAAUCUAUUCAAUCUGGAAAUUAAUUUGCUUUGUGGCUACAUACGAAAUCAGAGGUGGGAUAUAGUGAUUACUUUUUUUUGUUCAACAUAAUUAAAUGCAGGUGGGAUACCAAAGCCAAAACUGGUCAAUUGUGUCUGGAUUAUAGCGAGUGCCAAUGUUUCUUUGCGGGAGCAGCCACCACAUGAUGAUCGUGGUGCCAGCCUGGUUGCCAUAGUUAUGGGAUUUAAAAAAAUACCCACAGAGCUUAAAUGCAUAAUAGCUUGUAGGCUGCCCAUGUACAAUGUAGGCUUAUCAAUUAUUUUGCAAACAAAAAAGUAUAUAGCGAGCAGUCUUUGAUAGUUUUGGCCAAGUCGGCUAAAAAUGUAAUUCAAUUUGAUUGCUUCCAAAACACAUAAAAACGUGUAUUUGCUAACCACUCAGAAAUUAUUGCCCAAAUCGAGUACAGACAUUCUCAUACACACACAGAUUGUCACGAUUUGGAAUUGUAUAUCAACUAAAUAAUCUUUUGUUUUUAUUUUGGAGUAAAUUGGAGUGUAAGGGUUACGCAGAUUCAUUACAUGCAGCAUCAAUAGAAUAUAAUCGAUUUUAAACAUUCUCCAUUGUGGUUGGACGAAUAACAGAAAAGUUGCAUUCAUAACCAGGUGAGAGCCCUUUGAGGCCAAAAGUCUCUUUUUCAGGGAUAACCUGGCUUCAAACAGAGUUCUGAAUCACACAAAAACCCCACAAAGUACAAAACAAGACAAAAAAUAGAGCGCUAUAAAAAUUAUUUUAAAAAAAAUUAACGUUAUCGAUAAAGAUGAAGAGAAAAUAAAUGCAACGGGUUAAACAUAAUACUUUUACGUAACAAAAAAAAUUGCUGUGCAGAAAAACUGGUGGCUAAUUUGCCCACUUCAUCUGUCCACGGUAGUUUAAAGGAAGUCUUAGGGUCAUUGAGGCUCACUGGCGGAUGGAACGGCAGGCAAUUUGUAAAAAUGGGAUAUGGUUAUUUCCCCAGGUCUGAACUGCUGGCCCUUGUUAAAGCGUCCAUGCAUAGCCAGUGGCCUCUCAUGAUAACCUUAGCACAGGGGUCAUUGUGAAGGCAUUGUGCUUGGGUUUAGGGAGAAGAACAGUGGUGACAGCUCUACGGAUUCACGCGCACACUCGUUCUGACACUGAUGAAAUAGCGGACGGAUUGCCUGUCCCGGGCAAUUGGCAAUCGGCCAGCCGUUAGAAGAAAACUGGAAGAAGUGAGUGUACAUACGUCAAUCAUUCUUACUGUGAACUUGCAGCAUCUUGGGCAAUCUCCGUUGACGGAGGACAAAACGAGAAUGACAACACGGGCAACAGAAACUGACUAUAGCGAUCGCAAUUCGUUACCGAGUGCUGAUGAUGUCCCAGAUGGACACACAAACAGAAACCACCUGACCAAACUUCACACAUGGCACUUUAAAUUUCACAGUCCUCUCCAUGUUGUUUGGACUGCAUGUUGUCAAAUUAAUUAGUGAUGUUGGCCUUGACUGAGAUGAGCAAGUGUGUGACCCUCUUUCUGAGAUGAUGCAUCAUUCGGGGAGACUGAUGUUGAGCGUGCAAUGUUCGGCACGAUGUUUGACGUUCUGCUGCACGUGUUGGGAGCCCCCUCAAGACACUCCCUGAAGAAGUUCCCAGCACGUGGAGAGAAACGUCGGACAUCGUAGCAGAACAACGCGCGGCACAACCAUAAAACACGCCUGAGAGCUCCUUGGUUUCUUAUAGCCGCUGGAUGUCAGAAUCUCAAGCAGCGGUGCCCUAAAUGUGUUUCAACUUAACUUCAUUUCCGAGAUAUGUUUUGGAGCGUGCGAGCAAAAAGCAGUUUGUAACGAGGUGCGGGAAAGAGAAACCAAUGCCCUUGAGCUCAACUUCCAUUCAGAAUUUGUGUUGUUGUUGUUGUUGUUGUAAAAUAGAGGCGCUGAAUCAAAAGAACUGCUGCUCUUGCGAAACGGCAAACAGAGGCCACGUUCAAGGAGGGGCCGUUUAAAAGCCACCGACACCGUGAAGGAUUGCACGAGAUUCCACGUCGGUUAUCUCCAUGGCAAUGGGUUGGCGAAAUUACGUCCAUGUAUUUCCGGCGUGUGCUUUUAACAAUAGAAGUAUUCGCUUUCGUACAAUUGAUAAACGCUUGCAGUGUUUCUGCUGACGUGGCGUGCGGCUGUCAUUCUAGGAAAUCGCAUUAUGCAAUGUUGUUUUUAUACUCCAUUUAGUUUGUUAACAUUACAGAAAGUCUCAGCGCAUGAAUGCAAAAUGGUCGUUGCUGCCAACUCGAUGAUUGUGCUCGGCUGUAGCUGUAUUAAGAAUUCCACAGAGGCUUCGCAGACCUGAAGGGAGACGCAACCUGAAAAAUAUACUGACGUUAUUGUUUCACGCCUUCCAAUUAAGGUUCAUUUGGGCAUUUGCUCUGUCCAAUCUACCUUGUUACCUGUAUGUCACAUGGGGGAGAGUAUAUGGCUUGCACGAAAGUGCCAAUGUUGUGUAAAGACGACACAGGCCACUUGAACGGGUUUUUCAUCCAUUGUUUUACGUCUCACAACAUGAUACUGCAGGGCACCACGGUGGCGAGGUAUUAACUACCUCGCCAGGUAUACAGGAGGUCAUGGGUCGUGGGCUCGAUUCUGACCCUGACGGUGCCUGUAUAUUUUUGUUUCUUUCGGUAAAGUCACGUACAAAGAACUUUACCGAAAUAACCAAGAAUAUGAAUCCCUGCAGUCACGAAAGCUUUAAAUCGGUGCCUGUAUUUUUGAAGUGUUGCAUGUUCUCCCCGUGGUCGCGUGGAUUUUUCUCCGGGCGUUCCGGUUAUUCCCUCCACAUUUAGAAACGUGCGUCUAGAGUAUUUUGCCGCAACUAAAUGUGCACAUGAUAAGCCACUUCGUUGAGCUAUCAUUUGUGGCCAGGUGGAUUCUGAAAAAGAGCUAUAUAGCUCAGUAGGGCCUUACCUGUUAAUAUAAAAAAUUGUUUAAAUAGUUUCAAUGAUACUGAUAGAGCACAGGGAAUAUA